GAUAAAGCGAGGCACACCGUAUUCUGGUUGCGUGUCGCGUGGCGUUAAUCUGCCUCGUACACAAAAGCGGGGUAUGCGGCUCAGCUGAUACCCCUUGUCUGUUAGUCCAGAUGGGGAGGGUAUUUACCCAGCAGUGAAAUUGAGUGAUAGGCGGCGGCUGAUUAUCUGAGGUACUUUCUUUACGUGCACGUGGACUUGAUUCAGUGCUAGCCAUGAGCCUUCUCAAAAUGCCCAUCGAGAUUGUUUGUCUCCUCGUUGAGCUCCUCGACGUUGACGAUGUGUCUAAUAUGGCAUUGAGCUGCCGGUUUCUGAGUCACAUCGUUCUCGAUGAACGAAUGUGCCGUCUUGCACUCAUGAAGGCACCGUAUUCUGCAGAAGCGCAGGAGGCACAUUCAACAAAGAACUUCCCGAGGGCGUUCCGGAAGCUUGCUAAGCGGCGAAUGGCUGUUCGAGCAGCGGAGCCAUGGAUGGUUGCUAUAGUGGCCAUGGCAGAUUGUUUCAUCUAUACGAAUGGUCACUUGUGCUACACUGUUAAUAGCAAGCAUCUCCGUGUCCUCAACACCCUCGACAAGAAGCCUACAUCUGAGUUAACAGUCGAUGUUACACUGCUUCUCAAGGUCGCAGUGAGAGACUACGACCCUCAAAAAACGCACACCUUUGAGCCCCUUCACUAUGCUGAGGGUAUUCUCUCAUGCCUCGCCACGCAAAUUUUCCAAGAUUUCACCACAUGCAGCUGGCUCCUCAUCUUCGAGCUAAGAGAAUCCCCAAGAUGGGUUGUUGUGAAAAGGCCAGAUUCAAGAUACCCGUCCUUUGUGCGCAAUGACAAAAAUUACCUAUUCUGGGGUUCCAAAUCACAUGCCAGACUCGAUGGGAGCUAUAGAUGGGGUCUUCAUUGCCUCAAUCUCCAGACUCGCAAGUGGGAAGACGUGCAGAUGAUUUUAUGGGACUUUGACGAGGAAAAUAUAGGUUCUGACAUCUGCUUCGAAAUCUUUGAUGGGCAGUUUUACUGUGCUGCCAACACGUUUAAAACAGAGGCUGACGAUGGAAUGCGCAAUAACUUUUACCAGGUUGUGCGGUUUCCUGUGGACAAUGCAGCCCAUGGCAAGUGCGAGAAGCUUCUGAUGCGCAAUCUCUGGCGUCGCCAUGACUCAGAGGGCGCUGUAGAUGAGCGCUGGACUUCAUUGCAGCUCAGUAAAGACGAGAAAACAGGGGAGCUGUUCAUCGUUGAGACACGAAAGGAAUGGUUUCCAGGAAACGCAGGCAGUCAGAGGACGUGCUACAAAAAGAGGCUUCAGUUUGGUCAACAGGAGGAAGAUCCUCAGACAGAGCCUGUUUUUCCAACUCCGCCUGGGUCAACUAUGGACAGCCUCGACGAAGAGGAAUGGAGUAGCGAGAAUCAUACUGAAGAACGGUUAAGUGAGAAUACUCACACUGGUGACGGUCCAACAGACGUAAAAGCCUACACCCUUCAAGACUGCUUUGUGCGUUCAUAUAAUCCAUCAUGCGAUGCUUUUAUCGACCUCGUUUUCGAGGCCUACAACCAUGAAUCGACGUUGCAACUCAGAGUUCAGUCCAAGAAACAAGAACCUACAGUUAACAUAUGGCCGCAAGACCAAGAAACGUGCCGCCACGAUAAUGUCUUGGCUCAGCUCCAAGGUAUCGUCAGCCCCAUCCAGCCGAUUACAGGAAUCGAAUGGUCUAUGGAUGAGCGGAUCUUAGUGUAUUCACCAGCUCAUAUGGCAUCCGGCCAAUUGAGGCCCCUCAUCCUCAUCUCAUUCGAUCCAGAGCUUGUUCUUCCAGGCUUUCCCAAUUAUCUAGCACAAACUCAAGAUGCAAAUGACCAUUCCGAUGCCGCUCCCCUUCUGGAAACCAGUGGCGGACCAAAAGGGAUACCAUGGUCAUCGAACCAGGAUAUCGACGAGUCUGCCUCGCCAGGAGAAGGGAAUCCAAAGGCAUGUGCCAACUUUGUCAGAUCACGCCCUUCACUUUACCAGACGAUGAGUAUGGGUAACGGCGAUGCACAUGGCUUUGAUCUCUCAUACCCACGUCGUUGAUGAUGAAUCUGUGGGUGUUAUUGCGGCCUCAAGCCUUUUGAAUGACCUCAAGACCUUCAAAAGCCUUACUAAGGCUUGCCAUGGAGCAGCGUAGUCCUCUUAAAAUUGGUAGGUAUAAGAAAACUGUAAUUAAUACAAAGUGUUAUUAUUGCUAGGUAAUAUCCUGCUUUGCUUCAACGGUCCCAUCAGACCGGCCAGGAUUGGGAGAACUCAAAAUCUUCUAACGCUUUAUCUUCUUAAGACUGCUCUCUAUUAAUUGGCGAGCUCGGGGAGUAUAUUGAAGAAUGGAAUAAAUGUGGAUGUAACCCUGAGCAUUCGGGCUCGAUUGGCCCCUCUCAACAAUGGUUCAGUAUCCAGAACAACACACUAUCAUGCCACAUCUGAGAGGCAUACUUUCGUGGGGUAGCAAGACUUGAAACUUCAAAUUAAAAUAAAAAGAAUAUGUGAC